CCGCCUCCGACCAAAAAGAAAACGCAAACGAACGACAAGUUUUUCGUGGUGGUGAAGGAGCCAGACAUGUUCUGUUGGCAGUGUCUCGCUGACAUGACCGAUGCCGAGAAACUGUUCAAUCCUUGAGGACAUUCCCUCGCUAAGGGGAGUGUUCGUGCAAUCUGAGGGCGACCAUCUGAAGCGUCAGCACAAACCAGGAAUUACGGACAUGGUCGAGACGAGGAAAGUGGACCGUGUGAUGCUCCGUAUGUUCCACUACAUCUUGUUCCUUGAAACGGAGGAGGACGAAUGUGUUUGGCGCCACGGGAGCUCUUUUUUUCGGACCGAGGGGAAGCUUCUGGAGGAGUACGGGCCGCAGGGCCUCACGAAACAGGUGUGGGUUGAAAUGCGAAAGCAUUUCCAGGGUGUGGUGGAGUACGUGAACACUUGCAAACGUACUCUUCCGCACGAGAAGGAGUCCCUCGACGACGCGAAGAAAUUGUACGAUGAUGACAGGUUCCCUAAAUCUUUGGAAAAGUCUGUCCGUUCCAUCUUGCGACGGACGGAAGAAGAAGUUCGAGACACGAUCAGGGUCCGCGGGGAUGUGAGGCACAUCAAAUGGCCCGACCUCAACCGGGUGACCAGCCUUAUUCCUUUCGCUUUCCCGCCUUCCCAAGCUCACAGUCAUGCAACUGCGAUCCGUGAGGUUGUGCGACAUUACGUGUGCAACCUGUACGUCCUCGAUUUGUGUGAUCCCACACUCCUCACAGACUGGCGAGAAGACGAUUUUGCCAACUUGCAAGGCCUUCUACAAACACUUUCACCAACGCACUGGGCACUUGUGAUCUUUUCCCCCUCUCAUUGGGAGCUCAGUUUCUUGAAAGGCAUGGCCAGGCUUAGCGUCCAUCACGUCAGGACAGGGAAGUGGGUACGUAAUGCACAAAAGCAGGCCACUGUCCGGGAAGGCAAUAUGCUGGUUGAGGAGUGUGACCGCCUGUACGUGAUUUUUAAUGGCGAGAAGCUGGGAGACAACACAUUCGCAGUUUACCCGGCCAGUAGCCCGACAAAGGCUUCCCUUGCUCAUGGUCCAAGUCCGGCCAAACACACGGUGGCGGGCCGCUCGAAAGUUGUCUGUUCGUCGGAACCAUCAGGACAGGCUGUGGCGUGUUUCGACGUGGCGGAAGAGGAAAGGUUCUCUCGUAGCAUGUGGGAGGACGCCGGCGUGACAAGUUCUCAAGGACCUGCUUACGGGGAGAUGGAGCGGAACCCGUCCCGUCUACUUGGUCUACUCGAAAACUUUUGCAAAGCUGGUCAAACUGUUUUUUUCUUUGGGAAGGCGCAUGCGUCUGUCAUGUGGGAACUCCUACGCACCGGUCGGAACAUCGUCGCGUUGGAGAAGGAGGCGAAGAUGAUCGAUUACCUUCACGAGUUCGUGAAGGCACGCGUUGCAGACACUCGCAAUGCUUGCGAGUCUGUCCAGACCACCAGCGAACAAAACUGGGAUCCCAAACGUGACAUGUAUUGGAAAUUGUCGGGGAACAAAAGGACACACGUUUGGGACUUCCUUUUCGGACCCGGACCGCUUGGUCCGACCGACCUCGAAUACAGUCGACGGAGAAACCUGGUGUUCGCUGUGCUCAAUGGGUACCAUGGUGCACCCAGGGAGUCUGUCUCGCACUUCCUGAGAAGGUUGGAGCACAUUUACUUCACGCUGGCCGAAACGCUCACUCUCGAAAACUACAAGUCACAGUUUGACGAGGAGGAACCUUUCGACGCUGACGACAUGGAGGAGCUGGGCGACUCCGAAACCUUCGAUUUCGAGUGCAUGCCACUUCCUCGGGUGGUUGGACAGACUCUACUUCUUCGGCAAGCAUCACCGGUUCACGUCGGAGGAUGUCUGGGGACACAACGUCGUCUGGCACCGAGGAUAUUCCAACCUGCUGUGAAGAAUGGAAUAUGGGUCAUGGCAAUAAAGGAGGCCGAUGGGAAGUGGAGUGGACUGAAGAGACUGGGUGUGGGUGCAUUUAAGAGAAAGGCAAGAACUGCUCUGGUGGAGCAUUUGAGUCUCAUGAACCCCGAGAGGAACGAUCGGGACGUCGAUGCGUAUGCAGAACAAAAGCUACAUGAGUUGUACGCCAACAACAUGUUGGAGUUUCGAGCGCCUAUCUACGCACUCGAAACGGCACCGUCUCGUGGCAUUCACUGGCGCAUGCUGCAACCUCCGCCGGCCGGUCAGCAUCCGGGAGGGGGUGGUGGAGGAGACGAAGGAGACGGCGGAGGUGGUGGAGGAGACGGCUCACAGUUUGCCGGAAAGGGGAUGGGCGAGACAUCGUCGGUUGAGAAGGCGUCCGACGGAAAGGGGUCAGGCAGAAAGGGGUCGGGCGGGAAGGGUUCGGGCGGGAAGGGGUCGGGCGGAAAGCGUAGAACGUCCGGGAAUUCCCAGUAUAUGGAAACUGAACCCCACUGCGUCGGGAGUCAAGAUUUUGACAUCGAGUGUGAACGUCAUGCUUCGGAGGGUGCGUCCGUGGACACUGACAGCGAGAGUGCAGGAGCUCCGGGGGAAACGCAUGCUUUACAGCGGGGAGAGGAGACUCGACACGGGCCAGCUCGUGAAGAUGUGAAGUGGCUCCACGCACGAGCGCUGGUGAUCGGGACGUCCGAAGAGAUUCUGCACAGUCGCUCAGCUGCGGCCACGACGCGAGAGGGUGUCGUUAAGGUAGGUAAGUGGACGUCAGUGCAAGCUCCCGUUCUUAGCGACGAUGAAGACGAAGAAGAACCCGCGGUGGAAGCUCGGGUUCAUGGCGAUGAGAAAGGCGGAGAACCCGUGGUGGAAGGCAGUGAGGUGACUGUCGACAUCCGGACGGAUCCACAGCGGAAAGAUAGUGAUUCUUCGCCCACCCGUUGCGGUGAAGAACAGGGUGGUCGAGCGUCUGUCCUGAGCACCGCUCGGGGAAUGGUGCUUCAUGAAGCCAUAGAGUUGGGUGACGACUCGGCAACCACCGAGCUGGGUGAUCGAGCAUCUGUCCUCAGUACCGGUCGGGAAAUGGUGCUUCAUGAACCCAUCGACUUGCCAAGCGACUCAGCCGCCACCGAGCUAGUUAGCGACACAGUCGUGGCCGAGGUCCAGAACCUCGAAUCGUCCGUGGACGUUGGCACAGUGGCGCGACAGGAGGGUGAGCUCCUUCAAAGGGCUCCCGAGCACGGUGUGAGGUUGUUAAUGUCCCUGCCCAUGAAGCCUUUAAAAGCCGUGCGCGAGAAACGUCUUUCAGGGAGGUCAUUGGCCGCUUCACCGAAGAAGUUGUCAAGUGUAGGGUUGUUCAAAAGGGUCCAGAUGCCUCGCCUUUCCCAGAGAGCUGUCAGGGUUCUGAAGGCUUGUGGAAUAGAUAAGGAGGAAGGUCUGCGGAAAGAUUUGGCUGCGUCUAUUGAGAGCGUUACUGCUUUGUCUGACCGGUCUGAUGAGGAUGACAAACGGGGUGUCUUGAAAGACCCGUGUCCUAAGUACAUUGCGAAGGACACAUUCAACAAGCGGGGAUACAACUUUUCUGGGAAAAGGGCAGACAGUUCUUAGCCAUUCCACCACGGGGUUUGUGCUCACUUCUCACACUUGUUCGUUGGUGUUUGUGCAGCUGGGGCUACAUCAUGUUUUCGCGUUCCGUUGCCUACUGAGGAACUUAGCACUACGGACUUGAGAAUGUUGCCGAACGUC